AUGAACAGCUGUCCUCCUCUUUCUGUUCGGAACCUCAUCCUUGGUUUGCUCGUACUGUUCGCUUGUCUGUACGUUUGGUUCUCGUCAGUUUUUCUCCACCUCUGGACACCUCAGAGUCAAGUAGUCACUUAUGACGCAACAUUGCGGAUCGAUUCGUUUUCGGAACCACGCAGUGUUUUCCACUCCAACAAGAAGUUGGAAACAGAAAUUCGCGAGAUGAUGAGAAUUCAUGCGUCAAUGAACAAUGAAAUGGUUCUCAUCGAGCAGACUCGUCGUUCGUUGAUACGCUCGAGGUAUGAACUCGAGGCCCAGGUUAUGCGCCUGCGAACCGAUGCUGCUGUUGCUGAACAGCAUUUACUCCGCCUACAGACUACAUUGGCGUCGUACCAGAAGGCAGCCGCCUUUCUCUCAGUUAAUUCAUCCAAUUCGUACAAGCUUGCUCCUCUUUCUGUCGUUGUUUCCGCCUCACCCUCCACACCGUCCAGUGGCUGUGAUAUGUCCACCUGCUUCAAUUGGACCGCUUGUCCAUUCCACUCCCUAUCUCAUCUUCGCGUUUGUUUCCAUCACGAAAGUGCUAUUUCGGACUCCCGUUGGCACCGGGCUCUCCUAACUUCCCCACACUUUUCUACUUCCUGUAAAAAUGCAUGCGUGCGGGUUAUUUUCGCACCAGAAAAUUGUACAGGCAUCUCGUGCCUUUACAUCGGUACUACGAAAGACACAAUGAGUCCCUACGUUAUGCGAGCAUCGUCCACGCGUGGAGUGGUUCGUCCUGGCUACGACUUUGUUUUGAGUCCCCUAGUUAACUCAACCUCCGAGCGACCUCCGAUGGUGGUGAAUCGACGAGCGAGGUGGCUCUUGGGCGCAUCACUCGGCACCUCGGGCCCCGCAGAUGGCAAGGCGGCCUUUUUGAUGGCGUUAAGGGCUGAUGCCGACGCCGGCAACUUGGUGAAUGUGAGAUUAAGAAAUGCAUCGGAUGAGUGUUUGACCUCCAGUGAGGCGUUGUUUCAUGGCACCUGGCGACCGUGUCACGAUUCCAAUAUGGUCUUAGGAAAUUCCACCUUCUGCCUGCUCGUCGACAAUCUGGGAACCAAUCCCGCUGAUAAUAACAGCGGCGAACUAGGAGAGCAAUUGGCAACCUGUUUGUCAAACGGCGCGGUCCCUGUUUUUGCUUCUAACGGUGCCGAAUCGCGGCUGUUCCCUUUUUGGGAAGUAUUGGAACCACAGUGGCGGCAGGCUGUAAUUUUUAUUCCCCGCGCCAGACUGCCCCAUUUAGUUUAUUUUCUCAAGACCGUUGACGAAAACACUCGGAUUGAGAUGCAGCUGCAGGGUCAAAGGAUCUGGCGAAAAUACCUGAACACUGCUGCAGCCCAGUUGGCAACCCUGUUUCUUGCGCUGAGCCGUCGCCUUGGUUUGCCGCAGCCCCCGGCUCCCGUGACCAAGUCCGUGCCUGCUUUCAGGUCGGGAAGUUUCCAUCCAGAGCGAUUCUACAAGCCGAGAGCACAAGUUCUAUCACAGGUCGAUGUUGACGGUCUUCUGGGACCUCUAGGUCCCCAAUGGGACUCCCCGCCUGCUGUGCAGUCGGUUUUCACGCACUCAUCUCUCGCAGAUCCCUUUUGGCGACACCCAAGUACUCCCUUCACCACCCAACCUCUGCCUACCGAGUUUCAAUUUAUCGAGGGUGCUACUUCCAACUUCAGGCCGAUCAAUCACACUUGGAAUACGGCAGGCAAGGAGUUCGCUGCCGAUCUUGGCGGAAUGUUUCCCUACGAGCAGUUCACGAGCAGCGGCCAAGAGAUCAAGAAGGCGAUCAUGCGUAUUAAAUUUUCAGUGCUACUGUCUCUUUCAGUUGUGGUUCUCACGUACGACCGUGAGUCAGUCCUAACAGUGAUACUGGAGGGCUUCAUGAAUCUCCCAUACCUUCACUCUGUCGUAGUGGUUUGGAACAAUCCGCAGCCUCCCUCCAGCAAUCUACUAUGGCCAGAACUUCAUGUCCCCAUUUACGUUGUUCGAACCAACAAAAACAGCCUGAAUAAUCGUUUUCUUCCCUUUGACAUAAUCAAGACUGAAGCCCUUCUUAUGCUCGAUGACGACGUAACUCUCCGCCAUGAUGAAAUAAUUCUUGCAUUCCGAAUUUGGCGCGAGAACCGUGACCGGAUAGUUGGCUUCCCAGCAAGAGGUCACUUCUGGUCUUCGGCCAGCCAGAGUUGGUACUACAACAGCGCCCACGCCUGCGAAUACUCAAUGGUUUUAACGGGAGCAGCGUUCAUACACCGAUACUAUCUCCACGCCUACACAACCGAAAUGCCCACGGAAAUUCGCCAGAGAGUUGAUGAAGAGUUGAAUUGUGAGGACGUUGCAAUGAAUUUUCUGGUCUCCCACAUCACGCGGAAGCCGCCAAUAAAGGUAAGCAAGCUCACACAAACCUGCUUAUGUAUUGUCCCCCCAACAUUUUCAUGA